AUGCAGGGAGUAUUGUGCUCGGUGGCCCCGUCCACCCUCCGGGCGUAUUCGGCAGCUCUCACCCGCUUCCUGGCUUUUGCUGGAACCGCUGGGGGUGAUGGGUCUUGGCCCACUUCUCAGGUCGUCGUCCUGCAGUACCUGGUGCAUCUCAGGGGUCUGGGGCUUUCCCCUCGUUCCAUGCGGAGAGAUUUAGCAGCCCUCUCCUUUUUCAGUAAGGCCCAGGGCUUCCCCGACCCUUGCAGCGGGUUCAUUGUCCGCCGGGCCCUUACGGGCUGGGCCAGGCUCGCCCCGCUUCCCCCGGACCGCAGGCGCCCCAUCACACUGGACAUCCUCGAGCGCGUGCUUCACGCUCUGCCCGGCCUUUGUUGGUCCCCAGGCGAGGCCCGGCUCUUUCGCGCCGCCUUCAUGGUAGCCUUUUACGGUGCUUUCCGUGUUAGUGAGAUCGUGGCAGGUUCCCGUUCCGACACCUCAGGCCGCGCCCUGGCAGCCUCUGACCUGACCUGUUCCCCCCGCCUCGUGACCAUCACCCUGCGACGUUCCAAGACCGACCAGCGUGGCCGAGGGUCCACCGUCACGCUGCGGGCAGCUAGGCGCCGGGUGCUUUGCCCGGUUCGAGCGGUCAGGGCCUUCCUGGAUUGCCGCCCCCUCGGCCCCGGGCCCCUCUUUAUACAUGAGGACGGGUCCCCCCUCUCUCGGUACCAGUUCUCCUCGGUGCUCAGGGCUUGCCUGCUGGCCGCGGGGCUUCCCCCCAUGCAGUUUGGCUCACACUCAUUUCGCAUAGGGGCGGCAACCGUGGCCGCUGGCUUGGGGCUCCCACCGUCAGUCAUUCAGUCCAUCGGGCGCUGGCGCUCCAGCGCUUUCCGUUCCUAUAUUCGCCCCACCGGGGAGGCCUCGCACUAA